AAUUAGAAGUUGAUGAUCACUUAUAUUUCACACAAACUUCUACGGUACUAUGAGUUCUCCUGUUACUGACUCAAGAGGUGUGCUCAGGGGAAGGUGUACCAGUUGUAAUUGCUCUGGGUAUCAAGGUGGAACUGCUGGACUGAAGUGCAGCAUCUGCACACACCCACCAGGGAAGCAUCAGAACAUCACACCAGGAUUUGCUGCCCAGACCUAUGUUACUACAGGUUCAAGCCGACCAAGCAAUACCAGCGAUGCUCAUGGUGGAUACAGUUAUCAAAAUCCUCCAGAAACAGGUCCAUGCAGUGCAAACAACUGUAACAAGCCUUGCUACUAUGAUCCGAGUGUUGGGGAGUUUGACUACUGCAGUCCAUCGUGUAGAGACAAGCACUUGCUGCCCAAGGAAAAAAAGAGUCUACAAGAUGAUCUCAAAGCCUUUGAAUAUCAGGUGAAGUUACCUGUAUCUGGUGGUGAAAAGCGUGGAAUUGGAGCACACACAGCUGGUGGAGAGUCAGAGUAUCAAUCAACUCAAGCAUCAGGAGGGAGGCAUUCUUAUAGUAGUGCUGUGUCAUCAGGUAGCCAAGCAACUACAAGAUCCUCCAGCUCAGGAAGGCAGACGACAAUCAAAGUGUUUUUUCAAAAGAGUCCAUCAAAUGAUAUUGGCCUCAUUGUCAGUGAAGAGAUAUACAGAUGUGACACAUUUUCUGGGCUGCUGGUGCUUGGAUUUGAGUACAAUACUAAAGCUGAAUACCUGAUUACUACGAAUGAAGUACGUGUGCUGGAUGUGAUCACUUCAUUGAAUGACAAAAAAAUCAGCCCGUUAACCUAUAAAGAAGAAGCAACAAAGAAUAGGUCAUGUUCUCUGGAACUGAAAAGAUGGAUUUCACUUCCUCAACUGAAGCCACUUAUGGACAAAGCCGAAUUCUCCAACCCAACAGCUCUUGUUGCUGUAAUGAAUCCAAAAGAUUAUCCCAAUUGUUCCACUGCAAAAGGAUUUGGACUGGGAAUCACUUCUCUUCUUAGUACCACCUCUGUGGUUUCUGUGACAGCAAACACACCAGCACGAUUCAGCAGACUAGAGUAUGGAGAUGAGAUAAUAGCCUAUGGGUUUGUGAAGAAGAACAAGCUAGAAAUUGGGAAGGAUGCAUUGAGUCUGACGACCAAUCUGGAAGAAGCUGCAAAAGAUGGAAAAACACUUGUCCUAGUAGUUAAGAGACCAGUGAUAAUUAACUUGUAGAUUAAGAAUAACUGUGUCAAAGUGAAACUAUAUAAUUAUAUGAUUAGUAAUAAUUGUGUAUAAAGAAGUCAUUUGAAUGUAAUAACAAAA